CACCCUCCGGCUCGCUGCGCGACAGGAAGUUGGUUUAAAAACAACAACGGAAGCUGAAUUUACCCUAAAAUUUUUUUUUAUUAAAAUGUAAAAGUAUUGUUAUUAUUUCGGAGUAGCUAACCCUCCAGAUGAUGUCUAACACGGCGAGGAUCGGAGACAUCAUCCACCUGAAUGUCGGAGGGAAGAGGUUCAGCACCUCCCGACAGACGCUGACGUGGGUUCCUGACUCCUUUUUCUCCAGUCUCCUGAGUGGUCGGAUCUCGACUCUGAAGGAUGAAACUGGAGCAAUCUUCAUCGACAGGGACCCCUCUCUGUUCGCUACCAUCCUCAACUUCCUGCGGACCAAAGAGCUGCACCCCCGCUCCAUCAACGUGCACAUGCUCGUGCACGAGGCCGAGUUCUACGGCAUCACGCCGCUGGUGCGUAAGCUGCAGCUGUGUGACGAGCUGGACCGAUCGUCCUGCGGAAACGUGCUGUUCAACGGCUACCUGCCUCCACCAGUGUACCCAGCGAAGCGGCGUAACCGUCACAGCGUGGCGGGAUCGCAGUUCAUGGCGGGCCGAGUCGUGCCAGCGGAGAGAGCGCCGGUCAGACGCAGCAACACCAUGCCGCCAAACCUGGGGAAUUCUGGGAUACUGGGCAGAGCCAGCGCUGAGGAGAGGACGCCCGGAGGUCAGGUAUCAGAUCCCGGCAUGGUUCGGAUCAUCUGCGGUCAUCACAACUGGAUCGCUGUGGCCUACGCGCAGUUUGUCGUCUGCUACAGGGUGAAGGAGUCCACCGGGUGGCAGCAGGUCUUCACCUCUCCCCGUCUGGAUUGGGUGAUCGACAGAGUCGCGCUCAACGCCAAGGUGAUGGCCGGCUCUCUGGGAGACAACGACAAGAUGGUGGCCGUUGCCUCGGGGACGGAGAUCAUCCUGUGGGCCAUCUGCCCGGACGGCAACGGAAACGAAAUCGGCGUCUUCAGUCUGAACGUGCCGGUGGAGGCGCUCUUCUUCGUUGGUAACCAGCUGAUCGCUACCAGCCACACGGGGAAGGUCGGCGUUUGGAACGCCGUCACCAAACACUGGCAGAAUCAGGACGUGGUUCCCAUCAGCAGCUAUGACACCGCCGGCUCCUUCCUCAUCCUGGGCUGCAACAACGGAUCCAUCUACUAUAUAGAUGUGCAGAAGUUUCCUCUGAGGAUGAAGGAUAAUGAUCUGCUGGUGACGGAGCUGUACAGAGACCCGACUGAAGACGCCAUCACUGCUCUCAGUGUCUACCUCACCCCCAAAACCAGUGACAGCGGGAACUGGAUCGAGAUCGCUUAUGGGACCAGCUCUGGGACGGUUCGAGUCAUCGUUCAGCAUCCAGAGACGGUCGGCUCGGGUCCGCAGCUCUUCCAGACCUUCUCUGUCCACCGCAGCCCCGUCACCAAGAUCAUGCUGUCUGAGAAACACCUCAUCUCAGUUUGCGCAGACAACAACCACGUGCGGACGUGGACGGUGACUCGGUUCAGAGGGAUGAUCUCCACCCAGCCGGGAUCCACGCCGCUCACCUCCUUCAAGAUCCUCAGCCUGGACGACAUCGACGGACACGGAGGCUGCAGCGCAGGGACGGAGAUAGGUCCGUAUGGAGAGCGAGACGACCAGCAGGUGUUUAUCCAGAGAGUCGUGCCGGACACCGAUAAACUCUACGUGAGGCUGUCGUCCAACGGAAAGAGGGUGUGUGAGGUGCGUUCGGUGGACGGCACCUCCAUCACGGCCUUCAUGGUCCACGAGUGCGAGGGCUCGAGUCGCAUCGGCUCUCGGCCCCGUCGGUACCUGUUCAGUGGCCACGGCAACGGCAGCAUCCAGAUGUGGGACCUGACCACCGCCAUGGACAUCGCCGGCAAGGUCGACAUCAGAGGUCAGGCUCUUCAACAGACACAACUUUAUUGUUCGCUGAUGUCACAACAGAGGACAGCGCUGGGCGGGCCAACCGAGGAGGAGCUGCUGGAGCUGUUGGACCAGUGUGACCUGGCUCUGACCAGAACACCUGACAGCACACCUAGAACCUCUACCUGCAGUCUUCACUCUCAGCUCAGUGACGUCUUCAGGAUGGAGCGACUCCACUCUGCGGCCGCAGGACGAGGAGCCGGAGCUUCGGGUUCGUCCGCUUCGCUGUACGGCAGCCUCCCCCGACAGGCUCCGCCCCCCACGUCCCUCGCCAAACCCGUCAGAGACUCCGGCCUCUCAGCCGGGCCCGGAGCCGGACCGCAGAUCCUCACCAUCCCCGCCUACGGUCACACCUCCAGCCCCAGCCAGACCGCCAGCCCCCAUCCCCCCAGACACCUGGACCGAGACAGAGAGUGGGGGUCUCUCCGCAGGGGGAGCUUCGUGGAGCGCUGCCAGGAGCUCGCUAAGGGUUCAGAGGUAGGGGCAGGCUCUGGGUUUGGGGUCCCGGCGGGGUCAGAGGGCGUCAGGCGGAGCUUAGCGGUGUGCAGCGAGUUAGAGGCCAGAUUCGGCCUCAGGACCCCCACCACCUUCUCUGUGUCGCCCGGGGCACGCCACUCCUCAGGAACACCUUCAUCACUGUCAUCAUCGCCGUUAUCCUCAUCUUCAUCACACCGCAGGGCCACGCCCACGUCCCCAACAAGCCCCGCCCCACCUCCAGCCCUGAGCCCGACCCGGUGUCAGGCGCCCGUCUCUCCUCGCCGCCCUGCUGCAGCGUCUCCUGUUGAUGUCCCAGCUUCCCCGAGAGCCCGGCGAGUCCGGACAGCCCGCCACCGGCCCGCCCACCAGCCCCAAACCACACAUGAGCGAGACCAGCUUCUGAUUGGCUGUUCUGGCGGAGACUCGUCUCCGGAGAAGUCAUGAACAGACAGGAGUUGAUCCUGAGAGCUGGUUUGGAUUCCUGUCGUCCACGUUUGAGACACGAAAGCCUUAACAGCUGGCAGGUUUGAGUGAAUAGCCAAUCAGCUGUCAUAUACAGUUCUGUUGCCAUAGUUACCACAUGCUGGUUGGUUGUUUCCUGGCUUCCAGUUGACAAGAUCACGACUAACUAACUAACUAACUAACUAACUAACUGAUGUCAGGUGUGAAAAUGAACCUGGAACUGGACUUCAAAACAGCUGAAAGACUGUUUUACCAAAGCUGCACUAAUCAAUAUUACAGUAUCAAUAAAUUAGAUGACAUAAUGUGAAAGGGCUCACUCGUAGAUCUGACUGGACCAUUCACUAAGCCCCGCCUCCCUUAGCUACUGCCGCUAACCUGUCAGUCUUUCCGUUCUAGCAAACAACCAUCGAUUUUGUCGCCUGAAAUGACAACUGUCACUGACAGAUUUUAUCAGUUGUAGCUAGCUAGCUAAUUAUGCUAACGUUAGCUCCAUGAGUUGGUUGAAAACGUCUCCGGCUGACUUUUUAAUGUUUCCAGCUGACUUGUUUUAAAACGAGAACCCUGUAAAAAGUUCUUAAUGUCCAUGAUGUCAUGCUAACAGGCUGAGGCUAAAGCUAACAGCUGAUGAUUCACGUUGAAACAGCAUGGUGGAGCUUGUUAGUCCUAGUGUGUAACAGUUAGCGUUAGCGGCUCUGUCCUGAUGUUUACACUCCAACUCAGGCCAAACACGCGUUGCGUUUUGGUUUUUCCUCGCAUCCUUUUCUCUUGCAAAAGUGAAGCAUACUGUUUAAAGAUGCAAACAUUAAAGCAUAAAUCCAACAUCUGCGCUCGUCUUACCGCAGAGUUUUUAGCAUUAGCUUAUGCUAGCUACUAACAGCUGGUAAAAAUGACGAAAUGAAUUAAUUUAAUUUAAGCCAAACACAAUCCAGUCAUCGUCUAGAAAAGAGAAGCCGCUUUUGUUCAAGGAACCAUUGUUUCAUAAAUUACUAUGAAUUCUGACGUUAAAUCUGCCGUCGUUAUUACUGUAAACUGUACAUGUGAUUGACAGGUCAGCAACAGUAGCUAAGUGGGAGGGGCUUAUUUCUGCAGCUCUGCGGAGCUUUUUAGCCUCUUUUGUAGCUUCUAGUUUUGUUUUUGGCACAUUUCCUGCCUGGUUCAGUGUCAGUGUUUGUGAUUAAAGCUGCCGUACACUGAACAUAGCGGAGCAUCUAGCUGCUAAAGAGCCAGAUGUUUCCUCGGCAGCUGCUGAGCGUGGCGGAGCAUCUAGCUGCUAAAGAGCCAGAUGUUUCCUCGGCAGCUGCUGAGCGUAGCGGAGCAUCUAGCUGCUAAAGAGCCAGAUGUUUCCCUCGGCAGCUGCUGAGCGUGGCGGAGCAUCUAGCAGCUACAGAGCCAGAUGUUUCCCUCGGCAGCUGCUGAGGCGUGGCGGAGCAUCUAGCUGCUAAAGAGCCAGAUGUUUCCCUCGGCAGCUGCUGAACGUGGCGGAGCAUCUAGCUGCUAAAGAGCCAGAUGUUUCCCUCGGCAGCUGCUGAGCGUGGCGGAGCAUCUAGCUGCUAAAGGCCAGAUGUUUCCCUCGGCAGCUGCUGGGCCCGAACACGAUCAUGUUGCUGUGUGUUUUCAGCUCGUUGCUCCCGAGUGACAGUUUAAGCUGCAUUAACUGAUGUUUUUCCUGGUUUUUUUGUAGUUUUUAUAACCAACAGAGAAGUUUAUUUUUGUUCCUGUUAGCAGGUGAGUCUUUUCUAUCAUAACAACAACAACAACAAAAAGUUUGUAUGGAAGCGUUAUAUUUUUUUAAUUUGUGUGUUUUGAAAUCCUGCAGUUUGUUAGUUCAGGAGGUUUUUUGGAGUCUUAACUGUAAAUUCACAGUGACGGCCAAUCGGGUUUCGGCUCUGCUUUUGCUGCCAAAUGAACAUUUGCCAAAAGCAAAGCAGCAAAAAAAAAAAGAAAGAAACUGCGGGUCCAGAUUUUCCAAAUAAUCCCCAAUAAUUACCUGGAAAUAACUGUUUUAUGGAAACUAAUUACUUCUUAUGUUUGUUAGAACUGCUCCAUUUAAAUCCCCAAGAAUAUGAAUUAAUUUAUUAUUGAAAUCUUUUUUCUUUCUAUAUGUUGAACUGUACAUGCAAAUAUAUUUGCAUGUUCAGUUUACCUGCUGACUUUAAAACUCUCAAUUAAUAGACAUUAAUUAUUUGGCGGUGUACUACAGUGGUGGAAGUACAUUUAGUCAAAUACUGCAGUCAAGUACAAUUUCGAGGUACUUGUACUGUACUCGAGUAUUUCCAUUUUCUGCUGCGCUACAUUUAUCUGUUAGUUACUUUGCAGAUUAGUACAAAAUAUAAUCAACAAAUAGAUAACAGUUAAGAUAACAACAUUAAAGUGUUGAACACAUCAAUAAUUAUAAUCCAGUAAUAUAUAUUAUUCUGCAUAAUGAAUACUUUUACUUUAAGUAUAUUUUGAUGCUAAUACUUUUGUACUUAAGUCAAAUUUUGAAUGCAGGACUUUUACUUACAAUAUCUGAGUGCUUAUCUGGGUCCAGGUGGCAUUAUUAAUUUAAUGAAUUGUAUCAUUAGGAAUUAUUAUGUACAGCUGGGAAGUACUGAAAACAAAUGCGAUAUAAUAAUUAAUCAUUCUGAGCCGUAUCGUCCCGACUGCUUUUCCAUCAUGCGUUCAGAUUGUGAAACGGCUGUUAAAUUAGUCUGUGUGGUAUUAAAUAAGUCUUAUAAAGUCAAGUCUUUCCAAGGAAAUUAUUGGGACAUUUUUAGGAAAAUACGGACCCUCAAAGUGUUACAGGACGAGGCUUUUCUUCCGAGUCUUCCUCCUUUAAUUCGAUCGUUUCCUGUUGAAACGGAGUCGUCCGCCAUCGAACCUCCUGUAAGUUCACAGUUUGUAACUUUGACACUUUGGGUUUUAUUUAACUGAUGUCCAUCGCGGUGUGUCCUCCUGUCCUGGUGUCUCUUUCAUCUGUGCGGGGUUCGUUUCACUUAAAUCGCACGUUUUCUUUAAACAUGUAGCAGUUUUCAGCAUUAAACCCUUCAGUUUGUCGGUCUGUACCUUUUUUUUUGGUUUUUUAAUAUUUGUUCUCCGGUCGGUGAUGUGAACGUUCAGAGCCACACAGGAAGUCAACUGGACGGUAACUGAUUUCACCCUUUGUUUAUUUAUUUAUUUAGGUUUAAAAGUGUUUAUUCUUCUUUAAGGGAAAAAAGAAAAAUUAGGCAUAAACUGAUGACUCAGUUCGUUUUAGUUGUGCAACUAUUAUUUUCAUUAUCUGUUAAUCCGAACACAAAGAAAUGUGUUCCUAAAGCUCAAGGUGACGUCUUCAAAUGUCCAAAUAUAUUCAGUUUACUUUGAUUUAUGAAACAGAGAGAAGCAGAAGAAUAAUUUGAUAUUUUUGCAUGAAAAAUAACUUAAAACGAUCAUUCGAUUAUCAGAAAAGUUGCAGAUAAUUCUGUUCUUUUUGGUCGACUAAUCGUUUCAUAUGGAGUUCAAUAUUGAAAAAAGAAAUUAUUCAAACUCAUUAUUUCAUUAUAGACAUUUUUACUUCAAAAUUCAUUUUUCAAAAGUCUGGUUUUAUUUCCUAACGUCCUAUAAAACUGCAGCUUCUGACUGAGACGGAAGAACGAUUAAUCGAUCGACAGGAAAAUGAAUUAAUUGCUUAUUUUAAAGUCAAACGGUUGAUGAUUUUCUGUUUUUUAUAUCUUCGUAAACUGAAUAUCCACGAAGAAAUACUCGUUAGUCGCAGCUCUUCCUGCUUUCCUUUUUCAAAAUGUCGUCUUGUGGAAUCAUGAGGAGGAUUUUCGCUAUUUUCUGACAUUUUAUAGAUAAGAUGAAUUUUUUUAAAAUGAUCCUGAGAUUAAUUAAUUGAUUGUUAGUUGCAGCCCAGCUUUUUAUAACAUUGAGAUUAAGUUUGUUUCAUUUGGAUGUCCAUGACCUACGACCUGUGAAUGCAGCAUUUGUGGCUCUAAACUGUUCGUGUUUAGUUUGUUUUUAACGUGAAACUGUUAAAUCCAGUAAACAGCUUCACAGUGAAACUGUUGUUACGGCUGAACUGUUUCAUACGUCAGAUUGUUUGUAUAACUGUGUUUCUAUGCAAACAGCUUUUCUAACAGUCUUUGUAUAAAAAAAUAAAAAAAUAAAAUAAAAAUUGA